AUGACGACGACGACGAAAAAAGAAGAAGAGUUUGAGGAGAAGAAAGGAGAAGAAGAAGAGGAGGAAGGCAGAAAGGAGAGAAGUGUAUCGAAGGUGAAAAAAACGGAGCUGUACUCGUCUUUAGACGCGACGACGAUUGAGAUUUUUUUUACCGAGGAGGACGUCGCGAUGGAAAAGGAGGAGGUGUCGCACAGGUUCAUCUUCGAUUCCGAAGGAUCACGCGAUCCAGUCGGAAUUGAAAUUAAAGCAGGGCGCGAAGAAGAGAAGUUUACGUUUGAUUUGCGAAAGCACCACCCGGUUCGAACGGAUCCGGAAUUCGUCCGCGUGAGAUGUGGGAAGAAGAAGAUUGAAGUCAAACUGAUGAAAAAGAAGAAUCAGAAGAGAGAAGAAGAAGAAAAGGAGCGACGGUUGUCGUCGAGCGUUUCGGAAGAGAAGCACAAAAUUGGGAACGAAACGCGGAACACGACGAGUUCAACCACUCCAACGACGAGUUUAGACGGAGUUGGUGAUGAGGGAAAAACGACGUCGCUUGAUAAACCGCCGGCGGAUAAAUGGACGCGGUUGGAAUUUUUAGGGGAGAUGGAAGAGGAGUUGGAAACGUUGGACGGCGAGGACGGGUUGAACAAAAUGUUUCAGGAUUUGUAUAAGGACGCGGACGACGAUCAGAGGCGUGCGAUGAUGAAGAGUUUCGUAGAAUCGAACGGGACCGUGUUGAGCACGGAUUGGACGGACGUUGGGAAGAAGUUUGUCGAGCCGCAAGCUCCGUAA